CCAGAACUCUCUCCACCAGUUUGGAUAACUCAACUGGUUUAUUCAAGAAUGGUACUCUGCUCAGCUGCUCCUUAUUAACAAACCGUACUCCUACUAGAUACGAAGGAUCAUUCUCAUCACUGUACCCUACUUUGCUCCGUUUUCCAUUCUUUUGAACAAUACUCAAAUUCUCCUUGAUUCUACCGCCAUUGUAUUCAGAUUCCACUUCAUCAUCCGCUUCCGCCAUCUUCCUCCUGUUAAACUAACCAAUCGACUACUUCCGGCUCAGAGGUCGUGUUGUGAGGAAGAGCUACAAACAAACACUUCUUAUCGUCGUUAUAAAAUUUCAUUCAGAAUAGCGUAUUGUUGGAAUGUUCAUCUUCACAGUUCAUAACCGGUUGUUGUAGGUAUCCAGUUGCCGAUGCGACGGUCGAAUGAUGUGCUCACCGACACUUUCAGCAAAGCAGCAAAGAGAGUUGGCAAGACAUCUUACAAAUUUUCUGUCGACAUACAAACACAUCUCCGAUUCCUUCAUAAUUGAAUUCUUCAGUGAGGAUCUAUGGGCUACAUUGCCUACCAGAUGGCAACAGGUCCUCUGUGACCUGUCACCCCCACAAAUAGCUGACCUCCUAUUGGACAGAUUAAAUGUGAAUAGAAGCUACUCUUGUAUAUGGCCUCUUUCACUAUUGGCUUUCCGGGCCACAGCUCAUGCCCUGACGUUCCCCAGGACACCCCAGGGCAAGCGGGGACAUGAAGUGGGCAUGCUGAAGCCCGAGGAGUUCCUGGAGAACAGGAGUCAGAGCUCACUGCUGGGACACAUAUUCAGGAAACAUGUGAAACCCAAGAAGCAGCAUGAGAUCUGGAGUCUGGGCACGUUGGUGAAGCAGCUUUGUGACCUGACAGACUGCAAUAGUGUGGUAGAUGUGGGUUCUGGACAGGGCCAUUUGACUCGUUUCUUGUCAUUUGGGCUUGGUCUGUCUGUGACUGGAAUUGAGGCCGAUCCCACUCUAGUUUCCAUGGCAUCCAAAUAUGAUGGACAGCUUCUGUGGACGCUGGAGAAGGAGCGGCAGAGGAAGAAUGGACCUCAGCUCUCUACAUCUGGCCCCUCACCCUGCCAUGUGGCUGGCUGGGUCAACCCCAAAGCAUCAUGGGAAGACUUUGUCAAGCAGGUUGGAAACAGUAAAUGUGUCUGUGAGGAUCAGACUGCUCCGGCUGGACCCAGUAAGAAGAGACAGUGGGGGUCCAUGUCAGAAGCUGAUCAGCAACAUGGGCACGGAGACCAGCCUGUGUUGACUGCAGAAUCAGAAUGCCUGGGUUGGUCAGACAAUGGCCAGCCUGCAUCCCCACUCAAGAAUAAUGACAAUGCAUGUACAAACUCUUUUAGUAGUGUAAAAUAUGAACCCCGGUCUAGCUCACUCUCAUUUCCAAAAUUGCUCUGCAAGACUGAAGCCGGGCAAGGCCCAUAUGUCCACCCACUCUGCCAAGAGAUUUCAUCUACGGAAGUGGUUGUCUGCCCUGUGGAAGAGGGGCAGGAAUGUCCAGAUUUCAUCCUAACAGGCCUCCAUGCCUGCGGGGACCUCAGUGCUACCCUCCUUCGCCACUUUUCCAGCUGCCCUCACGUUCGUGGCAUCACCUCAGUGGCGUGCUGCUACAUGAAGAUCACCACCAGCGAGAACCCCAACCCCCCUGGCCUCAUAGCCCCUCCCCUUUCUCCUUUGCCCACCAAUGAGACAUCUCACUCAGAGUUCGGCUACCCAAUGAGUUCCUGGGUGCAGGGGUUGCCGGGACACCAGUUGUCCUAUAAGGCACGGGAGGGGGCAUGUCACGCCAUGGAGGACUACAUGCACAGGCUGCGGGAGGAGAGUGGGUUGCUAAGGAUGCACUGUUAUCGGGCAACCCUGGAGACAGUUAUCAGGGAGGCGAAGCCGGAGCUGCGCAGGCCAGGAGUCCAGGCGAUAAAGAAAGCACAUCUGCUACCCUUUACAGAGUAUGCCCGUUUGGGUCUGCCCCGCGUUGGCCUGCCCCCUGACCUGCCCCUGGACACCUGCAGAGUGGAGGCCAUGCUAAGGCAGGAGGGCCGUGUGGUGGUCUACUUCAGCCUGGCUCUGCUACUGGCACCGGUGGUGGAGACACUGGUGCUGCUGGACAGGAUGCUAUACCUGCAGGAGAAAGGUAUAAAGAGUCAGCUGGUGCCCCUCUUUGACCCUGCCUUCUCUCCCCGAAACCUGGUACUGGUGGCUUUGAAGCAGCCAACAAGGGACAAAGAGACUGUGUGCACCCUUCCAUAACCAAGGACUCCUCUAAAACCGAGUGUUGUGUUCAGAGUUUACUCCCUUACUCAUUGGUGCUCAAGGACUUUGGAGUGGAAGUUUAGAAGUGAGUAGCUGUGUCCGAAUACCCAUACUAGCGUACUACAUACUUAAACUGCAUACUAUGUACUCAUUGUCGCAAACUAUUUUGCACUACCGUUUAGUAAAAGGUAUGCAGUAUGCCACGGCCGCAACGCAGUAGUGGCUCCUGACUGGCUGAAUAGGUGGGGCGGGGCCGAGUGUGGAUGGAUUUUUCAAAAUUCAAAAGACAUGCGUCGCAUUAACCAGCCCGAUAACAGCUCAUUUCCAAUUCAGUUAAUUUCUCUAAAAACUCUGAAUAGAAUAGUAAUGGAGUUAUAGUUGUCUUUGAUACACAUGGGAAACUGUUGUGUGAAAAACCAGCAGUGAUUCAGUUCUUGACACAAACUGGUGCGCCUGGCACCUACUACCAUACCCCGUUCAAAGGCACUUAAAUCUGGUUUCGGUUUCAUUAACAUAUUUAGUGAAAUCAAAGUGCAUAUAUAAAUUAAAUCAAUAGCCUAGUGUACACACACACACCAAAACUUUUUUUUCCAAUUCACAUCCUAUAAAACUUUCUAUUUUCGCAUACUGAGAAUGCGUCAUGCACAAUUGCAUUAUUUAGCGUUCUUGGUUAAUUUUAGUAGCACAUCCCCAUAUCUGGUUGUCAAGGCUGAAAUGAGUAUGACAUCCAGGCAUUUAAAGUAUACUUGAUUUUCGAAAUGUCACAUACUAUAAAACUUUUUUUUGCAUACUCAAAAUGGCCUACUAUUUAGGACGCAAGUAUGGGUAUUCGGACACGGCCAGGAGAGCCAAAUUACUAUUUCAUCACAGAAUGUGGAAAGAAGUGGAGGACACUCAACCAACUUGAGUCAAUACACAUGUAAUGCAAUUCCUUUUUCAUAUUAAUGUCUGGACAAAAUUGCUUUUGAAAGGGAGAGAAUGUGCCCCUUUUCUGGCAAAAUUGAAUAAAGAAUAGUAUUUAGAUUUCA